CAUCGUCAUAAAAGACAUGCAGGACAAGCAAUUGAAGUUCAACAGCGGCAACGUCAACUUAUCAAAGACGAAUGACGAAUUAACCCCUCCCCCGCUUUCUUUUCCUGGAAAGAUCGAGGUGCUCUAGGUCAGCGAAAGAACAGGAUCAGACACCCUACCCACCCACCAAUCUCCAAACCCAGACUCUCACGACAACAAAAGGCAUCAUGACCCAAAACAGACUCUGCAUCCUAGGCUGCGGCAACCUCGGCACCCCCAUCCUCACAGGCCUCCUCAACUCACCCAACCCCACUCAAUUCACCCACUACACAGCCUGUAUUUCCUCUGCUGCAUCCGAAUCCCGCCUCAACACUCUCUUCGCCGCACACAUAGCAACGGGGAAACUAUCCAUAGCCCGCUCAACCCCCUCCAUCGCCGACGCAAUCCAACACUCAAGCGUAAUCCUCCUCGCUGUCGACCCCUCCCAAGUAACCUCCCUCCUCCUCGCUGUCGACCCCUCCCAAGUAACCUCCCUCCUCCUCAGCUCCCCCUCCAUAGCCUCUGCCUUCCACCUUCCACCCCCCAACGACAGCACUGAAAAAGGGAAGCUGGUAAUAAGCGUAAUAGCCGGUCUCUCCACGACUUCUCUCUCUUCUCUCCUCUCUCCAACCCCAUCCCCUUCCCAGUCCACAAAUGCAAGCAUACCCACCCCCGAACAUGAACUCCACAUCCUCCGCGCCCUCCCCACCAUCCACGCCCAAAUCUCCCACUCCCACACCGCCAUCCAACUGCCCCCUAGCCCCUCCGAUCCCCCUUUCCCACCCACCCACCUCGAAACUGCCACAUCCCUCUUCUCAGCAAUCGGCACCACUACCCUCGUCCACGAACACCACAUGGCCGCCACAACAGCCGUAAGCGGCUCCACGCCGGCUUUCUGGGCUGUAAUUGUGGAUGCAAUGGUGGAUGCGGCGGUUGCAGUGGGGUUACCGCGGGGAAUGGCACAGGAGCAGGUGUAUAGGAGUAUGGCGGGGAGUGCGGCAAUGUUUUUGGCGGGGUGGAAGACUGGCGAGGUGAGAGAUAUGGGGACGAGUCCCGAGGGGUGUACGAUUGGGGGGAUCAUGGUGUUGGAGGAGAUGGGGGUGAGGGGCGCGGUGGGGAGGGCGGUGAGGGAGAGUGUUACGAUUGCUAGGGAGAUGGGGAGGGAACAGGAUCGGGGGCAAGGAGGGGGGAGACAUGUUAAUGAUACAAGGAGGGUGUGAGAACAUGUACUGUAUUGUUAAUGAAUUAUAGUAGACAGAUGGGGAAAAAACAUCACAGGAAGAAGACAACAACAACAACAACAAAAAUACGCAUCAUCAGCAUCUGAUUCAACUACCACUAUCUACUCACUAGAUGUAGCGCUGCACGUCAUCAACCGCCGUAGCGUAAACGUACACUGCACCAAGGGUAUUGUGGCGUGCGAGCCAACUUGAAACUCCUUUCCUGCCUGCAAUCCGUUUGACCAUGCUAAAUGCACCCUUUGCUGCAAAUCGAGGAUAUUUCCCACCUGUUGCUCAACCGAGCAAGCUUCCCAGUGAUAAUUGUUAACG